AUGGCAACGAUAUCGAAAGAAAGUCUCGCACAAUUUUGGCUCAGCGCAUUUCCUCCAUGUGAUAAUUAUGAUUAUCUAUCCUUUUCGGAUGCAGCAAGCGUAUCUAAUCUUCUCGAGUUCAUCUCCGAGAAAAACGAGGAGAAGAAAAUCUUCGAACUGAUCAAUAGUUAUAUACAAGAAAUGAAGCCAAAACAAGUUCGAAUGACGAUUGAAGAGAAUUCAUCGUCCAAACGACGACGAUCAACGAAGAAUACUCUGAUAAACAUCGAUACCAAUAGAGUACGCUUUGCUGUUAAUGUUGAUGUUGUAGAAAAUCUCGAAUAUGACGAAGAAAUCAUUUCAAUAGCAGAUGAUUCACCCAUCGAAGAAGACCGUACAAUGGAAAAUCUCACAACAAUUCUUCACGAAUCAAAUUCGACUCGAGUUGUCAAAUGUUUCCAAACAUUAAUCUACCCAUGGCUUAUCGAUCUAUCAUUUAACAUACCCAAUGACUUCUUUUCUCUCUUAGUCGAACUAAUGAACAAAUCGUCUGAUGCAUUCUUUCUCCAUUGUUUCAUUCCAUGGCUUCGGAGUCUCACCACAGACACCAUCAAUCAAUUUUUUACGAAUUUAUUUACUCAACUGACUAAUCUGUCUGAUCGUUGUAAAUUAUGUUGUUAUCUCUGUCAAAAUAGUACAUGUCCGUUCAAUAUGAAUGAAUUAUCCCUUAUUAGUAAAUGGUUCGAUAGUAAAGAAUUUUAUUUCUCCAAUGAUUUACUUAACUUUUUACCGGAAAAAGUGGCGAUUUCAGCGACGAUUUUCUCAGAUAAUCUACCAUUUGCUAAAGUUCUCCAUAAAAUUUUAAUUAAAUGUACAGAAAAUGAUCAAAUUCUAACUAAUGAGCAACGCUUAAUACUUAAACAAGCUGUGACAAUAAAUACAACUAUACUUAGUGAUAUUCUCUUGGAUUUACUUGAUUGA